GCUGGUGACGUCACCAGACCGCGACGGCGUGCCGUCACCACUCCGCGCUCGUGCUCUCCCUGUCCGCUCCGGGGUCUGGGCCGGCCUGGGCUGAGAAGAUGGUGUUGCGGCAGCUCCUGCACUCGCUCUUCAACACGCCUCAGCUCGUGGAGCGCCUGGCCGAGUCGCGGCCCAUCCGCCGCGCGGCUCAGCUCACGGCCUUCGCGGUGCUGCGAGCCCAGCUCGGGGCCCGGGAGGCAACGCGGGGCCUGCGGGGGCCGGCGGAACGCGCCGCGCGCCUCGGAGCCACCUUAGCCCGGGGGCUCCGCCGCGCCCUCCGGGAGCGGCCGGCGCCGCCCGCGGGCAAGAGCGGCCCGGGCCGGGGACCGAGACAGUGAGGCGCGGCGCCAGGGAGCCCCUCCCCGUACCGGCAGCCGCUCCCCCCUCCCCCGCCGGCCUCCCCGCGCCAUCUGCCCCCUCCCCUGCCGAGAACAGAAGGGCUCUCCUCCCUCACAUCACCUGCCCUUCCGCCCUCCGUCCCCGCUGCUUUUGGACUGGGGCCUCUGCUGGACUCCUUUGACCUUCAGCCGCCCUGGACAGAGGAGGAGGGACGGACGCAGUGCCACUCUUUAUGCGGUUCCGGGGCUUCUCGACCCUUCCCGCGACAUUAUCACCUUUCACCUCGAGAAGAAUUUCAGCCGUCCGACGCUGGCCUUUUAAAAGCGCCCACUGGUGAUCGGGAGGUUUGGGGCGGCAGGCCACGAGCGCACGACCUCUGCCGGCCCGAGGACCUCCUGCGCGGGGGGAGCGCGUCCCGCUGUCCCAGGCGACCCUCCCCGCGCCCGCCCCGUGGAGCUGGGAUUUGCGGCGGGCGUGGAUGUGGAUGAGGGGCCUCAUCUGCCCCUUCUGCUUAGGACCCUGGGAGGGGGCCGGGCCGCGCUCAGGUACGCCUUAAAUGCGGUCUGCUCUUUUCCUGCGCGGAUUCCCGUGGGUUCCCUGGACUCUGGGGUUGGGAGUGAGAAAUUAGGAAUUGGGGCCGGAGGCCAGCGUGCGAUCCAAUAAAGCAGACCGCAAAGUGAA